AAGCGAGAAGAUAAAGCACACUCCACUUUGGCAGUGAAAUUUAGCUAAAUUUGGUGCAAAUUUUAGGGAUCUGAAGAAAAAGCAAAGCAAACGAGCAUGAGUCGGUAUCACAGCGAUCCUAACCCAUUCGAUGAAGAAGAGGUCAAUCCUUUCUCGAAUGGUGCUACUGCUCCUGGAUCAAAGACACGCGUUCCUCCUGUGGGAGCUCAGCCGGCAGGAUUUGGGCAUAAUGAUGCAACAGUCGACAUUCCACUUGAUACAAUGAAUGAUCCAAAGAAAAAGGAGAAAGAACUUGCAGCAUGGGAAGCAGAUCUUAAAAGGAGGGAAAAGGAUAUCAAAAGGAGAGAAGAUGCUGUUGCAAAUGCUGGUGUCCCUGCAGAUGAUAAAAACUGGCCUCCAUUUUUCCCCAUCAUCCAUCAUGAUAUAGCAAAUGAAAUACCGAUUCAUGCUCAAAGGCUACAGUAUUUGGCUUUUGCAAGUUGGUUAGGUAUAGUUCUUUGCCUUGUCUUUAAUGUAAUUGCUGUUCUGGUCAAUUGGAUUAGAGGCGGGGGAGUCAAAAUUUUUCUGCUUGCAUCAAUCUAUGCUCUGUCUGGAAUCCCUAUGUCUUAUGUGUUAUGGUACAGACCUCUUUAUCGUGCAAUGAGGACAGAUAGUGCUUUGAAGUUUGGUUGGUUUUUCCUGUUCUACCUUCUUCACGUUGGGUUCUGUAUAUUUGCUGCCAUUGCUCCGCCAAUUGUUUUCCAUGGGAAGUCACUGACCGGCAUCCUUCCAGCGGUUGAUGUCAUUUCUGACAAUUUGCUGGUUGGGAUUUUCUACUUGGUGGGGUUUGGCUUGUUUUGCUUAGAGUCCCUCCUCAGCUUGUGGGUUCUCCAGAAAGUUUACAUGUACUUCAGAGGGCAUAAAUGAGGCCGAUUUAAGGUUUGUGAAUGAAUUUAGUUUUAAGGUAUUACUGCUUCUCAGAGUGGUCGAGUAUAUUCUCAUUCUAUCACCAUUUUUUCUUUAUUGUGAUGAGUGUUUGAGACUGUACAAUUAGAGGAGUGCUUAGUGCAUUUUAGGAAUUGAUAUAAUCACCUUCAACAUGAGUAUCUGUUAAUUUCCUUUUUUUCUUUUAUAUAUAUAUAUAAUUAAUUUUCUUAUUUUGUAGUAUUGCAUCUAUAAAUCAAUAAAGUUUUCCGAAGUCUUGGGAUUACAGUUA